UGGAGAGAGCUCCAUUGAAAAAAAAUUGUUUCGUUUCGUUCUCAUAUUGGGCAGUAAAUCCUCCAGCAAAAUUUGUAAUUUUUAACCAGAAAUAGAUAAAAUUUAAAACUUAUGAAACUGCAAAAUGAAUAUUCUAACUACGUGAUAUUGAAAUUUUAUUUAAAUUGUGCGAAUUUGUUGUGAAAUAGUGGUUUUCCGGCAAUAUACAAUUUCUCAAAAAAUCAAUGACAGCAAAAAACAGCGGAGCACCACCAUCAUCAGCACCAUCAGGAGGAGCAAAAGAAUAGCGAGAGGAAACUGAAAUUGUUGCGAGUGUAAUAGGAGGAUGAAGAAGAAGCAACCAUAGGCAAGUAGUUAAACAGCAAUCAGCGAAAUCAGACAGUGUACCAGUCCGCUGGCCGCAACCAGCACCGACUACAAAAACGUUCUUUCAAUUUGCGUUUGUGUGUUUUGGAAGCAAUGCUCCAAUGAAUGAUGAGUUGUAGUUAAAGAUGAAGAGUAACACAAAGAAUAUCCGAAAAGAGAUAAAUACAAUAAUAAUGAAAAGUUUAAAAUAGAAGAAAAUGAACCAAAAUUUGGAAUGGUGCUGUUGACGUUGUUUUAUUAAUGCUGCUGAAGCCGACGUCGACUUCGACGACGAUUGUGACGGCUACGUUGGGUAGCACAUAAGGCAUGAGACGAUGCAUUGUAAACGGAAAUAUCUUCGACAAGUAAUAAUUGCACAAUGCAAAUUAAUAAAUUAUUAGCUCAGAGAAACAAUAUAAUAAGCACAAAGUUGGAAAGUGUAAUGAGAAAUGUCACAUUUAAUUAAUUUAUUAAACAUUAAAAUAAAUUGAGAAAAAAGAUAUUGUGGGGAGAAUUUAGGGGCGUUAGAACUUUAAAUCUGAUUAAACAACAUAAUUUCCCACCAUGUGUGAAUUGUAAUAAUCUGGUAUAUUGUGAUUUUCUUUUAUUAUUGCAUGAGUCAACUUUGUUGGUUCGCAUUCGGUGUUAGGUGACAAAUAAAAAUAUUAAUUAAAAAGUGGUUGCAAGUGAGCACAUACAUAUGUUUUGAAGUAAAAUACCAACGAAAAAUCCGAAGUUAGUUAUGGCGGUAAAAAAGAAAACAUUUGCUGAACGUAAAAACCGUGAAAAGGUCGACAGAAAAAUCGAUUAACACACCUGUAAACAUUGCCAACAAAGAACUUUUACCUUAAAAGAGGAAACUAACAUAACCUUUAUUGCGUACCAUAAAUAUAAACAAAUAUGGACGGACAAAGGGCGCGGGAUAUUUUAACACUGCUUCAGGAGCGUGUUGUAUGCCUCACUGGUGGUCGUGAUAGACGAGGUGGUCCCUUGUUAUGCUUUCCAGCAACACCAAAACGAGAUCGACUUAAACCGGAGGACUUACGUCGUUUGCUUAGCUAUUUAAUUAUGAUACCAAGUGAUUCAGCGAAGAAUCUCGGCUUCACGGUCAUCAUUGAUAUGCGGGGCAAUGGCAAUUGCUCCACCAACCUAAAGACAAUACUCAAAGUACUGCAGGAGCACUUCAGCGCUAACAUACACAACGUGGUGCUAAUUAAACCGGAUAAUUUUUGGCAGAAGCAACGUGCUUCGAUAUCGACAAAUAAAUACAAAUUUGAAACAUCGAAUAUAUCGAUCGAGGCCCUACACAAAAUAGCCGAGGCGCAUCAAUUGACUUCUGAUUUUGACGGCACGCAGGCGUACGAUCACCAACAGUGGACCGAAUCGCGUUUGGCAAUCGAAGAUUUCUUUUGGCAAGCGAGCGAUAUGGCCGAUCGCAUCGACGAUCUGCAGGAAGACUUGCAGCGCAAUGAUUUCGCCGAAGAUGUUAACGGCGCGAAGCAUUCACUCGAUCAUCACAACGAAAUGAAGAAGAAAAUACAAAAUCUGCCGAUAGAAGAUUUGGAAUUGCAGAGCAAGAAAUUGCUAGCUAAGAUCAAUAAGAAUGCCGGUAGCGCUGGUGUGCCUGGCAGACAGCCCUGUGUUGGCUCCGGCGCCGACUGUGGUGGCAGUGAUUCCGGCACUUCAACGCAGACGCAAAACUCUUCGCCAGCUUUUCGCGCUGCGACCAAUAAUCCCGACAUGGCCGCGGCCAUCAAUAAAGCGCUGCGUCAAGUUGACCUCAUACGUAAUGGUCAACAACGUUUGCUCACCUUAUGGCAACACAAGAAGUCCAAGUUAGACCAGUGUUUUCAAUGGCGUCUCUUCGAGCAGGAUUGCGAGAAAAUGUUCGACUGGAUAUUGCACAAUCGUGAUGUCUUUCAGAUGUCUUAUGUCGAAAUCGGGCAUAAUUAUUCUGUGGCGAAAUCACUGCAGGACGAGCAUCAGAAAUUCGCAGUCGCCUCCAUGAAUGUGUCAGUCAAUAUUGAUCGCAUACUUGCCGUUGCCUCACGCCUCAUUGAGAGUCAACAUUACGCUGCGCAACACAUUAAAACACUAGCCACGCGCCUCGAUCGCACUUGGAAAGACUUCGCUGCUGGUCUGGAUGAACGCACGGCGGUGCUGCAAUUGAGCGUACUCUUCCACCACAAAGCGGAACAGUAUUGCAAUAGCGUGGCCUCUUGGGCAGCCGCCUGUCAGGCCUCGCAGCCGCUACCAUCGGAUAUACAGAGCCUGGAAACAGCAAUACGUACGCAUCAGUCACUGUACGAAGCCAUGUGUCAGGCUUACACCGAGGUGCACUCGACCAGCAAGAAACUACUUUACCAAUUGGAUCAUCUGGUGCAGGUGUGCAAUCAACCGCCGCCACCUGGUGUACCCGAUCACCGCAAGAAUAGUAGCUUUAAUAAAUACGAGCGCCAGAACCCGGCAGCUGACUACAGUGAGGGUGCUUCACAUGUGCUCGCUGUUAUUCACCAAAUAUUGGGACAUCACCGCUCACUGGAGGCGAAAUGGCAUCAAGAGAAGAUCAGAUUGCAUCAAACUUUAGCGUUGCGCCUCUUCCAGGAGGAUGUGAAACAAGUUUUGGAUUGGCUGAAGAAUCAUGGUGAGGUAUUUUUGCGCAAGAAUACCGGUAUUGGACGCAACCUGCAGAAGGCACGCGUCUAUCAAAAGUCACAUGAGCAUUUUGAGAAUGUGGCACAGAACACUUAUAGCAAUGCGGAGAAACUGCUCUCGGCAGCAGACGAACUGGCACGCAGUGGCGAGGCAGAUCCCAAUGAGAUAUACUCAGUUGCGCGUGAGCUAGAGUUGCAGGUUGCCAGUUUUGCCGAGCGCGUUGAGCAAAGGCGCCGCCGCUUGGAAAUGGCUGUUAUAUUUUACACACACGAGAAAGAAGUCACUGCUUGGAUUGAUCAAUUGCGCACCGACGUGUCCACCGAUCAAACUAUGCUCUCUCAGGAGAAUCUCGAAGGUAUCGAGCGACAUCUGCAACAAUUCCGUGAGCAGCAGGAGAGUACCCUCAAGGGUUGCAUGCAGACCAUUGCACAAGGCGAGGCGUUGUUACAGGAAAUGCGCUCACUCGAAUACGAUGAGAAUAGCUUGUCCAUAUCGGGACUCGAAACGACUUUAGAGAAAUUAACCAAACAAAAAGUGGAAUUGGAAGAACUUUGGUCAGCGCGUCAAUAUCGCGCUGAUCUUAUACUUCGUUUACGCUAUUUCGAACGUGACGCAAUGGAGCUCUCAUCUCAGUUAGAAAUUUGGUCGGAGGAGUUGCAGCAUGCCGACUUGUCACGUGACUACCAAAAGGCCGAACAAUUGAUACGAAUGCACAACGACUCCGUAACUGACAUUCAGAACACCACCUACGAGGUGCUACAACAGGGACAGGACCUACUGCAAAUGUUCGAAACGGCUGGCAUCAUUUCGAUGGCGGAUGCCACGCACACAGCGCAGGCGCGCAUACAGUACCUCUUGGACUUUUUGGGCGAGCGUGAAAUUGAUCUUGAGGAACUGUCUGAAGCGAAGCGCGCGAAAUUGGAGCAAGCCGUGCAGCUGUGCCAGUUUCAAAAUGAUGCCAAUCAAGUAAUAUCAUGGAUACGCAACGGUGAAGCCAUGCUGGUGGCCAGUUUUGUAACGCCCAAUAGUUUGCAGGAGGCCGAACAGCUACGCAAGGAACACGAACAAUUCCAGGUUGCCAUUGAGAAAACACACACCUCCGCCGUACAGGUGAAAUAUCGCGCCGACGCGCUCAUCAAUGCCAACCAUUACGAUCCACAAUCGAUACGUGAAAUCUCAGAUGAUGUCACAAAGAAGUGGCAACAACUGGUCACCUACGCCGAAGAACGCCACAAACUGGUGACCGCCUCAAUGAAUUUCUACAAAACCGCGGAGCAAGUGUGCUCCGUACUCGACAGCCUAGAGCGUGAGUAUCGCCGCGAGGACGAUUGGUGCGGCGGCGGCGGCUCUAGUGAUAAAGCUCAAACUAUUGUGCAGCUAAUUUCGAAGCAUCAGGAACAGAAGGAGGCAUUCCUCAAAGCGUGUACACUGGCACGACGCACCGCCGAAACAUUCCUUAAAUAUGCAAACCGUUCGCAACAGUACUACAAGUAUCAGUCGCAGGGCAACUGCGAGACGCACGUACGCACCAUCCUUGAUAAGCUGUUGACGCAGGAAAAUCAGGUGCUCGAAUUUUGGACACAACGCAAGAAAUCGCUGGACCAGUGCCAGCAAUUUGUGCUGUUCGAACGUAGCGCUAAGCAAGCCAUCGAAUGGAUACACAACACCGGCGAGGCCUACCUCUCCUCACGUACCAAUCUGGUGGGUAAGACACGCGAAGAGACCGAAGGUCUGCUCAAAGAGCACAACGAAUUUCGCGGCACGGCAAAGGAAACUCGUGAGCGCGUUAAGCUGCUCAUUCAACUGGCCGAUAGUUUGGUGGAGAAAGGACAUGCACACGCCAGCGCUAUCAAGCAGUGGGUUGCGUCUGUCGAUCAAAGAUAUAAGGACUUCAGCAAUCGCAUGGACACUUAUAGAGAGCAGUUGGAGAAGUCUUUGGGCAUGUCAAUGGUAGUGCCGCUGGAGUCGGACGCAAAUUCUUCGAUUAGUUCUGCUUCUGGCUCCACCACCGAUCGCCACUCAGAUCCUUCGCUGGAGGCCAAACUCACUACAUCCUCCACGGCUGCAUCGAAGGAGAUUAACGAAGAGAAACGUAAAUCCGCACGCAGAAAAGAGUUCAUUAUGGCCGAGUUAAUGCAGACUGAACGUACCUAUGUAAAAGACUUGGAGACUUGCAUCAAAUGCUUCCUUGAAGAAUUUCGCACUGGACAGAGUGUACCAGCUGCUUUGGCCGGCAAGGAGGACACACUCUUCGGCAAUAUACGUGAAAUUUAUAAUUUCCAUCAGAAGAUAUUUUUACGCGAAUUGGAAAAAUACGAGACCAUGCCCGAAGAUGUUGGGCAUUGUUUCGUCACAUGGGCCACAAAGUUCGAUAUGUAUGUGUAUUAUUGUAAAAAUAAACCGAUCUCGAAUAAUCUGAUGGUACAACAUUCGGGCACAUAUUUCGAUGAGUUGCAACAUCGACACAAGGUCGAACAUCCCCUACCAGCUUUUCUCAUCAAGCCCGUACAACGCAUUACAAAAUACCAAUUAUUACUCAAGGAUCUACUCUCCUGCUGUGAGGAGAGUCAUGGUGAAAUCAAAGAAGGUUUAGAGGUUAUGUUGAAUGUGCCGAAGAAGGCGAACGACGCAAUGCAUUUGUCAUUGUUGGAGAACUGUGAUGUGCCCAUAGAUAAUUUGGGUGAGGUGGUGUUGCAGGAUGCAUUCCAAGCUUGGGAUACAAAGCAAUUGAUACGUAAAGGUCGUGAACGGCGUGUAUUCUUAUUCGAAUUGUAUUUACUCUUUGCCAAAGAGGUGAAGGAUUCAAACGGUUCCGUUAAAUAUCAAUUCAAAAGUAAACUCAUGACAACCGAUAUGGGCAUCACCGAACACAUCGAGGGUGAUGAAACCAAGUUCGCUGUGUGGACAGGCCGUUCGCCAAUGCUCUCCGAUUGCCGUAUUGUGCUGAAGGCAAAUAGCUUGGAGACCAAACAAGUGUGGGUGAAGAAAAUGCGGGAAGUCAUGCAAGAAACCUGCUUUUCGGGCACCUCGCUGACCUUACCGAAAUCGCCGGCUAAGAAUUCCGGCUCAUCGCAACGUUCAUCGCGUGAUUUAGACGAACCACUGACGGAGAAUGAUCAUGAUCGCUGCUCAUUAGCCAGCUUUGGUUCCGGCAAUACCACAGAUAGUGACAAUAAGAUUGGCAGCCACGAGGGUACUUGGGUGGUCGCCGAUUACAUAGCAACACCCGGCUCCAACGAGUUGAGUGUGUCCAAAGGGCAACAGGUUGAGGUGGUGGAAGCACCCUCAGCCGCCGAGCCAGAUUUUUGUUUAGUGCGCCUAAAUCCACAAAGUGACGAUGCAGCCGUACAGGAAGGACUGGUGCCCGUUUCAAUACUUAAACCAUCGCCAAGCGCACAGAAGAACAGUUCAGCGCGGAAGGAAACAAACGAUGUCAUGCAGGAACAAAGUAAUAAUCGCGGCAAACCGGACCCUUUGACUUCAUCGACCAAACGACGCGGGUUUAGCGGGCCAAAAUGGUUUCCUCUACGCAAACACUCACAGAACAAGAACGAGAAGUCACCAGUAGAAAAAACACUAACAAAGAAAUCAUCAGAGAAGAGCUUAAGGUUGACACAAAAACAAAGCGAACAGGAUGAAAAGAACCUUUCGAGUUCAGCCACAGCAAGCAGUCGAAGCCAUUAUGGCACGUCGGCGGCGACAUCACAGGCCAAUGCCGCACAAGUAGCCGAGUACGAGGCUGAGGAAGAAGCUGGCCUCGAGCUGCCGCCGCCCAUGAAACCGCUGCAGGAGCCGCACUUAAUGGCCAACGGCCCGCCUGUGUUUGCCAAAGAUCUCAAAGAGAACUCCAAAAACUUGGCAAGCGCUGGAAAAAUGGAAGGUAAUCCCGCCGUAGAUUUGUCAGAAAUUGAGCAAAUUGUCAAAGAAAAAACGGAACAACACGAGGAGAAAUCGAAAAUAUUAAAACCAAACGUAAACAACUGCGGCAAUAGCAUCAAUGCUGAUGUGUGCGCUAGCAACGGUUGCAACACAGUUGGUGAGAAAACAGAUGCUACAGACAGUUACGAUAACAGUAACACGUACAACCAUGAGGAGCGCAACACCGAGAACAGUGAUAUUGAGAGUGCGCUUCGAUUGCGUCAAUAUGCAAUCGAUGAGCUAAUAACUACCGAAAAGUCAUAUAUUGAGGACUUGAAGAGUAUAGUUGAUGAUUACCUAGCCGAGGUGCUGGAUCCCAAAAGUGAUAUACCCAAACCCGACGAUUUGAAGGGAGGCAAAGAGCGCAUGGUUUUUGGCAAUAUUGAAGCUAUCUAUGAGUGGCAUAAGAAAUCCUUUUUAGAAGCGUUAGUGCGCUGCCGCAAUUCCCCCGCCGAUCUGGGCCCCCUAAUCAAACGUUAUCUACACAAAUUCGAUAUGUAUAAUAAAUAUUUUCAAAACAAACCGGUAUCGGAUCACAUUGUGACCACGCACUUGCUAUAUUUUGACAAAAUCAGACAGAAUCUAGGUAGCCGCUUGGAUCUCAACGAUUUGCUCAUAAAACCAGUGCAGCGAUUGCCGAAAUAUGUGCUGUUAUUUAAAGAGAUUGCCAAAUAUGCCCGAGCUGCUGGGCGCGAUGCCGAAGUGGUUGGCGUCGAAGAAGCUAUGCGGGUUAUGGGUAUGAUUUGUAAGGCUGCUAAUGAAGCGAUGGAAUUACGUCGUUUACAAAAAUUCGAGGGUAAAAUUACUGCGCAAGGAAAACUUCUAUUGCAUGACAAACUCUACUGCAUUGAUGAUGAAAAGGCUGAUCGCAAUGCUUAUAUGUUGCAGAAACCGCGUGAACUUUAUGUUUUCCUUUUUGAGCAGAGCAUAAUUUUCGCAGAUAUCGAUGGCAAAAAACUACAAUAUAGUAGUCCAACAUACACCUAUCGCUCGCAUAUACAGGUCAACAAAAUGCAGUUAGAAGAAUUAGAAAACAAUCGGUUUCAGCUCAAAUCUACCGAUCCAAAUAAACCGGGCUUGAAAAUAAUUUGCUACGCGUCCAGCGUGGAGUUGACCAACGAGUGGCUGCGCAUCAUACGCAAUAUAUUGCAGUCGCAACAUGAUUUCCUGCGGGCUAUAACCAGUCCAAUCGAAUAUCAACAACAGCAGCAACAACAAAAUUAAAAUUCGACAAACAAAACAAACUAAAAAAAACCAACAAAAACAAAAAUCACAACAAAACAGCAAUCAUGUACAAUUAUUUGCAAAAAUGAAUUCAUGGAAAUUUCAACAAAGAUAUAAAAUAUUUCUAGUGCACUAUAUGAAAUCUGCAUAGAAAUAUGUGCAUAAACAUGACAAAAGCGAAAUUUUAAAUCAGUAAAAGAGUAAAAGUGCGUACUGAGAGGAAAUGUAAAGUUAAAAGUGGUUACAAAGAAAAGCGCCAAGCGGAUUUAUUGAAGUACUAAGACACAUACACACGCUUUUAUAUUCUAACAAUUAUUAUUAUUUUGUAUGGUAAAUGUCUUCAUGUUGUACCCCAUUUGUAUUAGUUGAGAGAAAGACUAUAUAAAAAACGCUCGCCAAUUUCAAAUUAGAUUUUAGUGCUGCGAGUGCAUUUUAUGUAUGUCUAUAUAUGAUUUUUGCAAUAAGUAUUAGUCGUUAGUCUGGCUGUAUUUAUGUAUUUACAUAAGUCGGGCAUGCAGCAAAAUGCGUUUGUUAUUGUGCAAGUCUGUACAUAUUUACAACAAAAUAUGUAUAUGUGUUACCCAUUGUAACGACCGAAAUUUGGUUGUCAAAGAUAUAAGCUAUUUUAAAAAAUUUUAAUUUUUCAACAAAUUCGCCUAGUUCUGGUGUGGAAUUUUCCAAAAUGUGAAAGCGCAUGCUAAAUGCGUUAGAUAUUAUAUGUAAUUUAAUUUAAAAAUAAUUUUAAUUAUUUUUUCUAUAGCGAAGAAAACUAUGUCUAAAUAUAUUUUAUGAAUAAGCACUUGGAUAAGUACGGAGCAGAGUUAUAAGUGUAAUGAAUUAUAAUUAAAUGGAAAGUUGAAACAGCUUGCAUACUUAAGCUGCGUACUGUAUAAUUUUAGUGAUCCUAACGAGUGAUUUAUGCUGUUAAGAGAUAUGUAUUUAAUUUAAUUUAACUCAUUUUCUUUUAUAAAUUUACAAAUAUCUUUAAUUAAGUAAAAAAAAUACAAAAUGUUAAAAUGACAAUUUUAUGUUUCAUUUCAAUGAUUUUGUUACACUAGCACGCAUUGGUCGCACGAUCAUACUUAAUAACAGCCUGAACAGGGUUUGUAACACCCAAAACGAAACAACGUAGACUAUAAUAUAUAGUAUAUAUUAUAUAUAUGUAUGUAUAUAUAUAAAAUCAGUGUGACGGGCUGUGUCGAUUUAGACAUCUCCAUGCGUUUGUCUGUUGUCUGUUUAUACUCAAAAUAGGCUUUUAGUUUUUGAGAUAUCGUCUGACAUUUUUCGAUCUUCUUUUCCCUCCAAUUAGCUGCUCAUUUGUCAGAACUACCAAUAUCUGACAACUAUAGCAUAUAGCUGUCAUAUAAACUUGAUAAGGUAUCUCCACGAAAUUUGGCAGGGAUGUUAUUCAAGGUAACAGUAUAAUAACCGAAAAUAUUUUCCUAAUCUAUAGCUGUCAAACAAACUAACAAUUAAUAGUAAGUUCUUUUUCUUAUAAUUUUUAUUUGUGAAGUGUAAUAAAAGCUUUGGUGUAAACAACGUUGGCGUUUUUUCUUGUUUUGAAAGUAGACGAAGAAUCUUUAGAAAUCCAACCUCCUUCAUUAUUUGACGCACAAGCUUUGGUUAGCUGAAAUAACUCCAAAAUCACAUAAUUAUGUGCAAAUUAAAUAUACAAAAUAUUUGAAUUUAAUUAAAUGAUAAAACCAUAAAAUACUAACUGACAAUUACAAUAGUCCAUGAUUCAUAAAAUAAUAUGGAAUAGUGAAGUAUGUGUGGAAGUGCACAUGUAUGUAUGUAAAUCUAGAUAAAAUAUACUUUAAGUCAAGCAUCUCUAAAUGUCAUAAGUGUGAUUAAAGUUUAGAAAUAUUAAAAUUAGUAACGGUUAGGGCACAAUGUACAGCAUAGCAUUUAAGCAAAAGGUUAAACAUCAAAUGUAAUAUCAAAAGAUAGGUAAGUGAUUAAGAAAGUAAUGGCGGUUAAUUGCAAACAAAUUGAUUUUCAUGAACGUUUUUUUUCCUUUGUAGGCUAAAAUAGAAAUCGGUAAGGGUUUAAGCUUGAUUUUGUGUUAGAAUUUAAAGAUUUUUGAAAAAGUUUGUGUAUGUAAGCGGUUCAAACACUUGAGGGAAUUUGUUUAUGUUGAAGUUAAAGCCAAAGUUAGGAUUUAUUAUGUUCAAAAAUUUUGAUGAAAAAUUAGACAUCUUGGAUUAAAAAUAUAUAUAUUUUUUCAAUUUAAUUAAUAAUUUAUUUUUAAUUUUCUGGAUUACAAUACAAAAACUAGUCAAAAUGUUACUUCAAUUGUCUUUUAAUACAUAAUUUGCAACAAUGGUUAAAUUGAAUCUAAUUUGAAAAAAAUAAAAUAAAGAAAAAAUUAGUUGCUGUGUGUAUAGUAACGGGGCAUCUCGACAGGAUAAAAUCUAUGUCUUGCGAACUGUCAAAUCUAUUGCUAUUGCCAUUGCCAAAUCUGUAUGUGGGCAUUUGUUAUC